AUGCCUAAUUUUCUCUUUUUGCUUAAGCAGUCACACCUACCACCCUUUGGUCGUCCGUUGGGGUCUCCAAAGCUUCGUCCACCACUCUUCAUACUUCGAGCUCUUAGUUUAGUACCUGCCAGCUACUGCUUCAUUUCCUUUAUUGUUGCAGCAAAUCAAGUUACUUUGCAUGAAGCUGGUAACCUAACGGAAUCGAAAUGUACCGAAUUGGAUUAUUGGCUAGGCGCCAUGUGGUGGUUCAUAGAGGUUUGCAAUAUAUCAUAUAGGCGAGAUGUUUUAAAUGUUAGCGGUCAAUUCAUGAAAUUCCGACUAACUGAAUGCUUAUUGGCCGGUCUUUGGAGUUAUUGGCUAGCCGAUGGCUUAAUGCGCAGAUGGAUCUUUCAUUAUGAAGUUAGCAGUGCUAUUAUCCGACUAAUUUCCUUACAAGCCAUCAAUUGGGUUAUCACGGCAUUUGUCGUGUCACAUUAUGGAUCAGAUGAACCAGUAAUGGCUUGGGUGGUGUGUAGCAUUGUUUUGGCUUUUAGUAAUGCCAUUCAGUGGUUGUAUACAUCUCCCGCGAAAUAUCAAAAGAUCCAUAAUCUCGAGGUAAUAAGGCAAAUGACAUGGAAAGACAUAUUGAAAUAUAUUGUUAUCCCUUUAGCAAUUGUCGCCUUUUUCACCAUGAUGUGCUUGCUGGAACAACAGUCAAGAUUUCGUUAUGCCGCCAAUUUCAGAUCAACCAAUUACAAAUUGAAUUAUAACGUGACUCUCAGUGAGUUUCAAUCAGACUCUGAAGUCAAAGUAAUUAUGAUCGUAUUAUCUUCCUGGAAAGAAAAUGGAUAUCGAAAAAGGAAGGCUUUCCGUGAUACAUCGAUCAAACUGAUUCCUUCGAAUUCCAAUAGAAUCUCUGUUUCUUACAGAUUUAUCCUCGGGAAUUCACCUUCCGCGAAGGUUCAUUCUACCUUGGGUCAAAAAAUCCUUGCAGAGUCGGAUGAAUACGGCGACAUCAUCAUUGUGCCAAGUUCGGACCUUGACAGUGAUCUUAGUCACAAGCUUUACAAAGCUUUUGAAUGGGCAAACGAAUAUGAUUUCAAUUACAUUAUUAAAACGGACGAUGACGUUUUUGUUCGCAUGGAUAUUAUCUCUCGGGAGUUGGAAGAGUUGGGAUCGGAUAAAAGAUAUUAUUGGCGUGGUCUUGGAUACUGGAACAUCCCACCUAGUCAUGAUGUUGACAAUAAAAAUUCAGCGUUUGAUUAUAAGCUACCAUUGCUUCCCCCAUUUACGGCUGGGGUGCUUUACAUUUUGUCGCGUGACAUAAUUUCACUCAUCGUCACAGACGCUCCUCGACUUUUCACGAAGAGCGAAGACCAGAAUCUAGGAGUAUGGCUCUUCCCAUACAACAUCAAACCUAUUCACGAUAAACGUAUACAAAAAGCAGAUGUCUGUGAAGAUGACAUGAUUGCAAAACAUUUUGGCGAUUCUUACGAGAAAGAUCGAAGUAUGCAGGAGAUGUAUGAAAACGUUGUUAAUAAAAGACGGUUGUGCGAAGGAUUUAGGCAACGGUUUUGCGCGUUUUGUUAUCCUUGUUGGGGCAGGGAAGAUCAUUGGAAAGAUUUGAACUUUGAUUGUGAUGGCGUCAAAGGAAUUACCCUACUGCAUCAACCAAAAUUUGCACUCAUAGAUUCGAAAACCCCUGUCAAUGUAUUUGAUAGUCCUCUAAACAUUACUAUGGGAGGUAAAGAUGAUGAAUGGAUAAUACCUGGACUUCUCUCGCGGCAUUCAUCUGUCUAUUCUAAUACAGAUCAAUGGUAUUUAUUGCAUUGGGUCUUUUGGAUGACAGACUCCUCAACUUUCCAGGAACGUCAUUACAAAGCUAUUGAGCUCGUAUGGGUGCAUACUCCAAACGCCAUUGUUUUUGUUCUUACAAAUACUCUGCCUGAUGAUUUCUUCACCGAAUAUAAAAAUCAAGGAUAUCAAAUAUAUGUGAUCAAGUUUAACAAGGAUAUAAUAUUAGACAGACAGUGGUUUCUUGGUCAGAACUCAAAAAACUGGAUCCAAAACUGGAUCAAAACGGAAUUUAUUGGCUCAGAUAUUUCUAAACUUUCAUCGGAUUUUGAAUGGACACUCGAUGCAGAAGGUACAUAUCUUGCGCCUGGAAUCAUGCGUUUUCGUAAAGGUCGGUCAAUGUUUCGAGAAAUUGCAGAACUGGCGUUCUCUCUGACAUACAUAACUUCGUGCUUCAAUUGCGCGGGUCCUCGUGCGAUUACGAUGUACAUUAAACAACACCGGGACAUUCUAGAAAAACACGGACUCACUAUACUUCCUGGAAGGAUUCUUUAUCCACGGAAUUACCUUAGCAUAAAUGAACUUUUCAUUUUCGAUCAAAUAGCAAGUCGAAAACUAGAACAAAUUGUAAAGAGUUCUUGGACCAUUCAUUUAUUUGGAAAGAUGACUAAUACGAAAUCGAUAGGAAAAGGAAGCGUAAUUGAUUUGGUCACCAAAAAGUUUACUUUGGAUCUACCGCAUGCAUCGGCACCAUUGGUGAGUGACGGGAAACCGAUCCUCCAAGAUCACAAAUCAACAUAUCCAUUUGUUCUGGAAGGACCCAAAAAAUACCAAUUUAUUUCAACAACUGCUGAUGAAGUGGAUUCAUACGCUGGCUCUUUGGAUGGAAAAUUUCAGGGAUUAGACGUUAUUUUUGUACGUGGCGGUCCUGUUAACGCGUCUAAAUCUGCCAUUGUUGCCAAAUCUGCGCAAGGAAAAUUAUCGUUUAACGCGAAUGGCGGAUAUUGGAGUGAAACAUCCAUAACGAUUAAUAAUCCAACGAAAAAAGAUGUUAAUUCCCUCCUGAACACUUUGGUUUAUCGACCUAGUGGUGAGUCACAGAAUACGGGUGGAAAAGAUACUAUUAAUCUGGAAGUGACAUUUGGCGAACAUUAUGCCAAUUUGACAAUUGAAGUGGUAAUAUCGACAUAG